CAGGUAUAAACUGUGUAAACACAUACCCUGUAAGCUGGAUCAUUGGAAUUUAAUGAUUUAAUGGGUAUGGUGAUGCUGGAUUUCAUCUAUGAACAAGCGUAAUGGAAUAAGUAGGUCCAUUACGAACUGUCGAUGCUCGCAUGUAUGCCCUACUAUUAAUUCUACACGUGUUCGGGGAAAACAAUGUGUUUUUAUCAUUAAUUACACCAGGCUCGAUACUAGCACUGCUGAUUUGUAAUCAAUGAUAAGUGUCGGUUUAGUACAGUUCUACAAUGAGAAGAUAAUCAUGUUCAGUCAGUGUGUACUUAUGUUGAAGCGAGCACAAUCAUAGCUUCCUGUUGAGAUAUGGCAAUCAUCCCUAGUAAACACCUAACGGGUUAUUUUCUAUUGUUUACCAAAGAAGGUACAAUUUGUUUCAGAUAUUGAAAUCCACCAUAGAGGUUUUAAAAUUAAGUAAGCAACACUAUUUAUUAAAUUUAAAACAAAAAUACAUUUACUUUGAAGAUAUUUUGAGUUUACCUUCGAUGAAAGACAGCACUGAUUGUAAUUGACAAUGGCUGAUUCCAGUCAGGAUCAUACACCAUUGACUUUAAAGGAUUUAGAGUUUACUUAUGAUAAAAAUACGGCACUGACUUUGGCCGAGUUUUUUUAUGAGUACAAAACCAACCUGCCGCAACUGGUGAUAAUAACAGAAGGACAUGAUGGUACCAACUCAUGUGAAAACAUGUGUACUGACCAGGUGUAUCGGAUCCAUACAUUUUCGGAGCAGUUUCGAGUACUGGCAGAAGAGGAGAAAGGGGGGAAUGGUUCCAGAGACGAAUGUUUAUCCAUCCCAGUACAGACAGAAUCCAGGUUUUAUGCCGUUCAGCAAUCUGGCCAAGAAAACGAUAUAAAGACAUUAGCUACAAUACUGUUAGAAAAUAAAGAGUUUCCAAUAAAAGUCCGGGAGGAGCUAUCCGAAGCCAGAACCCUGACUUUACAAGGGGAAUACACCCAAAACUAUCUCGUCGGGAACUGUAUUCACGACGGUGUGCUUUUCGUGCAGCCAGUAUACACAGUACUGUCUUCUGUGAUGAAGUGUGCUGUAGUUACAGGUAUAGAAGGGAAAUCUCAAGACGAGUUCCAAAAACAACUUGAUAUGUAUGCAGACUUUAUAUCAGAAAACCACAUAACAUUCGACCGUACCGCUGGCAGCACAGAUACAUUUCGCUUCGCCAAAGACGAAGCCCCAAUGUUGACGGCAGACUCGUCACAUCGCGACAGCAGUUAUUGCACCAUGAUCGCACCACGUACAAUACACAGAGCGUGGUACACAGAUAUCUCUAAUCAACCUCUCGCAGCAGGGGAUCAAUGUUCAAACAAAGAGUAUGAACCGACAACAAUAGAUGGACCUUUAGUGACCGCUGAAAUAGAUGAUACAAACAACUCUUAUGUUCAAUUAAUGGGAAGUACAAAGUCAACGCGUGACGUCCGAGAUCGCCAUCAACAUAGUAGAACAUCUGAAACAACGAUUACAAGUACACAAGAUUCUGAACAACGAAACGCUGAUUCGCAAGGUAGAAAGUCUGUCAUACAACCACCUCCGCUCCCCCCUAGAGUUAGCCUACUUGGAAUAGCCAGAAAGCAAACUCAAAGUGAAGAAAAGGAAACCGAAGUUCAACAACAGAGGUCUUUAUUCCGUAGAACUGCAACUCAACAACAUCUUGACUUAAUGACAGUGCGUGAUAUCGGUGAUCGUUUGAAACAGUUAGGUUUGAAACGAUAUGUUCCAAAAUUUUCAAAGAAAAAUAUCGACGGCAAAACACUAGCACGUCUCAGUGACGAUCACCUGAACACAGAAUUUAAACUGAAACCAAGUGAGGUAAUAAGGUUACGAAUGUUCAUUGAUGAAGGUCAUAUACCGGAAUAGAUUCUUCAUCAUACACCUACCAAGUCAACUUUCUUAUCCCGAAAGAAAAUAACACAGUCCAAUAAAAUAUCACUCAUUUAAAUA